UAACUCUCCUCCCCAGCUCCCGGUCUCCUCCCUCUCUAUCCCUCCUCCCUUUUUGUCCCAUGGACCCAUCCCCUUCAUUAAGCCCAGUAUGAAAGGGGAGUGUCUCGCUGGCAGUCACGGGAGACCCACUCAUUCCAGACUCCCCAGCACGCUGACUCCAGCCUGGCCAGAGACACACACACAGCCUUUUCACAAACUGAAGCUCGGAGUGGCGCCUUGAUUAAUUAAAACUCUGACAUGGAGUUUCACAGUGUGAGAAGAACCUUCCAUCCGAACCACCUCGGUGAAGAAAAGCAACAGAUGCUGGACCUGAACAGGCGCCUGGAGACCUACCUUAGCCGGGUCAAACUUCUGGAGGAGGAAAAUGAGCUGCUUGCAAAUGAGAUAAAAGCUCUGAGAUACAACCAUCAGGGGGCCCAGAGGAGGAGGGAGGGCCUGUUGGAAGAGCUGCAGCAGGCCAGGCUGGACGUGGAGGCAGCCUGGAGAGAGAGGGUUCUCACUGAGCUGGAGGUUGAGAAGCUCAAUGAGGAGCUUCAGGAUCUGGAGCUGCAGAGACAGAGGGAGGCCCAAGCCAAAGUGAUGGUCAAGACGAAGAUGGAGCAAAGCAGGAGGGAGCUGGAGGAGGAGGAGAGAGCACAGAUCUGGCUCAGGGAGAAAGUCAGUCAGCUGAAGCAUGAGAUGAAACAUCUAAUUCAAACCCACGAGGAUGAUGUGGCUCACAUGGAGGCCAAACUGACCCAAUCCAGAUCCACAGCACCUCCACUGAUGGCUCAAAGGAGCAAUCAUACUCCAGACCUCCUCAGGAUGGGCCAGGAGUUUUCUGAGAAAGCAAACCGAGCGUGGCAGGAGGCCUCAGAGGCCUAUCAGGGCCAGAUAGCUCAACUAGAAGAGUCGCUCCACCAGACCCAGAGCCACUUGAGUCAAGUCUGCCAGGAAAAACAGGCGAGCCAGCUGAAGCUUCAAGCCCUGGAGAAGGAGAUCUCCUCAGCUCAGGAUGUCAGGAUGCACCUGGAGAAGGCUGUGGCCCAAUGCCGAGGGGAGCACCACCAGGAGAUCCAGCAGAUUCAGGAACACUUAGAAUGUCUGGAGAUGGAGAAGGAGGAGUUGGCCCUGCAGAUCAAUCACCUGAUUCAAGAGAACCGAGGCCUGAUGCAGACGAAGAUGUCGCUUGGCCUGGAAGUGGCAACAUACAGAGCUCUGCUGGAUUGCGAAAGCCUCGGGGCGGACGCGCUUCUGUCGAAUAAACCAAGAAGCGCUUCUAUCAGAGAUGCAGCUCUGAGCUCUCGUGGGGUUAAAAGGAAUUACCAGAGCCAGAUGUCUGCAAGCCUCAAGACGGUGUUCCCCCCAUCCGUCUUUGGCGUAAUGGGACCCACGGCUACGGAAACACAACUCAGAAGUCAAAAACCUGCAAUUUUCAACCAAACUCAGGAGAUUUCAAGCAGAUCCGAUAAAGAUGCUGCAAAAUUGGCUGCAUUAGAAAGCCCAUGUCUCAAAAUAGUCCAGAAUGAAGCUGCUGACAGACCUCGGGAGGUUCAUGAGAAGGUCGCCUAUGCAGAGCCUUCGUUACCUUUGAAUGAGGAAGAGGGAUCUGCUAAAUCCUUAGAAGAUGAACAAAAAGAAGUGUGGAACAUUGUUGAUCCUGUUGAGUCAGUUGUUUGUCAAAAAGUUGAGUCCAUCUUCAGCAGUGGACCACCUUCAGAUGAUGGAGCUGACCUUCAUGACUUCACAACACCCAGCCUUAUAUCGGGCAAUUUCCAAGAGAAAGAGGAACCUCACCAAGUCACAGAGGAAGAAGAAACAGUUUUAGACUUGGAGAAAGAAGAAGAAGAUGAACAACGGCUCCAGGUCCAAACCGAUGCAGGAGAUACACAGCAGGCUGGCAAAGACGUAGAUGAUGUUCAAGGAGAAACAUCCGAUUCUGAAACUGAAGCAAUGCUUGAACCAACCGUUGAGUCCAGACCUAGUAGCGUAGAAUCUGCAGAAUGUGAUGAAAACAUUUCCAACGAGGAAGUAGCAGUGAUGAGAGAAGAACCAAGUACUUCAAUGGAAACAUACACAGAGGAAGCCGAGGAUAAGUUGUAUCCAGAUGGAGAAGAGAUGGACACAUGGGACAGCGUCAUAGAGAGGAAGGUUGAGGUCAAGAUUCAGGACGAUGUGAAAAACGAAGAUCAAAACCAACAUGCUGAGCCAGAAGAAGACAUAUCAGCAAAAGAACCAGAGGAAGAGGUCAGGGAAGCUCAUCAUAACGAAAGCAUGGCUCCUUCAAUGAUGAUCAUGAGAGCAGAAGAUGAACAAGUCACCAUGUUGGACCAAGAGCUUGCUCCACCUGCAGAAAAAGAAGAAGAACACGAUGAAGAGGACUCUCAGAAUGUGUCUGUGUCCUGGAGGACGGAGCUGGAGGGCGACAGCUAUGCUCAAGAAAACACUCUGGCCGACACUCGCCCCCUGAUCCGAUACAAGAGCGACGACACAGAUGCCAACACGCUAGCGUCACACGUCGACGAGAGCGAGUCCAGCGAAGGUGAGCAGGAACGAAAAAUGGAAGAGGUAGGAAUCGGAGCGUGGAGUGAUGGCAAGUCAAAGGCCUUUGGGACCAUGGAGGAUCUGUGUGAGGAAGUGGAAGAGGAAACUAUGGAUGAAGAAUAUAAUCUGGGAUACACCCAUGCUGAAGACAGGGACAUCAGCCAAGGUUCAAUAGUGAGUGAGGACGUUUCACUGUUGAAUGAGGAGAAGCUGAAGAACACUGGAGAGGAACCUUCCGGAAAAGAAACAGAAGAUGUGGAAAGGAGUAAUGUAGACCUUGGAGAGGAACAGGAACUAGAGAUGUGGCCAGCUCAUAUCUUCAGUGCUGAUUUAGUGCAGCAGCAAGUCAGAGAUAAACUCCUAAAAACGGACAAUGAUUCUGUUGAGGUGAACGAGCCAGUGGAGGCUGAAAGAGCGAGUGACUCGUCGUCAAGUGAGCUUGGGAUAAGUUUAAACUGUGAACAUGCUUUAAAGGAAGAUCAAGCUUCAGACAAACAGCUCUUUAGAGAUCCAAAUGCAGACAUGAAUCAAACAAAUAGUGUGGAGGAAGACCAAGUCCAAGUCCAAAACGAAGCUCAGGAAACUUUGAAUGAGUCAAAGAAUGGAGAAGAAGACGAAGACAACAGAUCCAUGGUGCCUCAUGCUGAUGUGGAUCUUUCCAGUCCGACAGAUUUCAAAGAUUUAAUAGAAACCCAAAACCCACAGGAUCCAAACUUUGUGUUCUUGGUACCAGCAGAGGACAAAAGCCAGGAGGAUCUAACAGCCUCCCCUGAAAUCCCAGAGCAAACAUUUAGUAAGUCCCAGGAACACGUCUCUGAGGACUUUCACAUGCUUCCUGAUCCUCCAGAAACAGCUGAUUGGGAAGUCCUGGAAAACCCAAAGCAGCAGUUUGACAUCAGAGACCAGAACCAGGAUGAUGACGAUAUGCUAGAAUCAGCUGAUGAUGAUGUAAUAAACCCAGAAGAGCCUGCUGAAAUGUCCCCUGACGAUGCACCUGAUGAAAACGACAUCUUCAUUGUGAAAGAUGCAACAGGUAAGCUUUUCCCCUCUGAGGUGAAGAAGGAUUUCUGGGUGUCCUCCUUGGAGAGCGGAGCCUCUUAUGAACCAGAGGAUUCUCACAUGGAAGCCUCGGAGCAAUCAAACAAAAAUCAAGGAUUUACUGACAACCAGGUUAGUGAGAGUUUGGAAAACUCAGCGGUGGUAAAUGGUAACUCCGAGUUCGAUGCUGAGGCGUCUAAAGCCAAAGCUGCUGUGAAGGAGCAGGAACAAAAGAACGUGUUGUUCUAUUCUGAGGAAUCUGAAGGUGAGGCUGAAUCAUGGUCCUCCGGAGAAGAAGAAGAAUGUAGAGAAGAGCUAGAUCAGUCUUUAGAUGCUAAACACAUCUGUUAGAGGUUUUCACGUUUUAGCCUUACUGCAUUUCUUAGAUCUGUAUCCAGCGUGCCAACUAUUUUAAAAUCUUUUAUCUUAAUCUGACCUUUUACUAAACUUUCUUCUCCCUAAACGUUCAAACGUUAGUCUUUUACUGUACAUCUUCAGGAGUUUGUGUGCUUGCAUGAAGGAAAAGCAUGAAAGAACAAAGCUUUUCAUUUGGAAGUCAAAACAGGUAUUGAUCAGUUAAUCGGAGUCUAAAAUAAAAUCGAUGAGACCUAAGGGGGAGUAUUUUAUUGUUGUAGUGACACCAGGCAAUUAUUACUUUUGUCGUUGCAUGUUUUACUCAAUGGUUUUAAUUUCCCUUCUGUAAUGAUCAAACUGUGGUAUAUUUACAGUAGAAGAAUAAACCGUAGACUCCUAAA